AUGGAUGCAGCUUUCAAGACUUUCAUUUUUGAUGAGAUCAACCGGGAACUCUUCGAGCAGAGGGCUUCCUUGCGGGAUUACAUCGAGCAGCUGCCCUGUCCAGCUGACCCAGUGGCAGAGAUCGAGAGGAUGACAGAAGCAGUGCUGGGACUUGUUCGAACAGAUGCAGCAUUGCUGCUGUCAGCGGUUGGCACGACACUGAACAACAAUUCAUGCAGACAUGUCUGCUAG